AAAAAAAGGCCAAUAGAAAACAUCUACAACAACCGCCCUUGGCGUAGACUUCAAUUCAAGUGUUUUAAAAAAUAAAAAUAAAAUGUGGAAACUUCAUUUUCCAUAUUCUUCGCAUUCUCUCUUUCCACACUUAGUUUCCUUCUUCGCAAUCUCUCCAUUUUCAGGGCAAUUCAAAUUGAUCUACUGUGCUGUUCUGCAUUCAUUAUAAAGUUCAGGAAUUUGCAACUUUGAGUUCCGAAUUAUAGUGUAUGAGUUAGGUCGAUCGAGGACGAAACUGAGAAAUCAAAACAUUUGUUGAUUUGGUUCAGUGUAGGAGAUUGUUAUUUUAAGUUUUUGCUGGCAAUCUUCGAGUUUCAAAAAAUUGAUAUAAGUAAAAGGGUUUCAGUUAAAUGAAAAUGAAGAAAUGGAUCUGGCCUACCUGGGGUGUUCUCAUUGGCUUCUUCUUUAUACUAUUAGUUUUGAGAGAAUGUAUGAUGAAAAGUCGACCUGGGGAAAGUACAUUGCCGAGUCCUAUUGCUGUCAAUUUAUCUGAUCCUAUUAAAUGGAUUGAAGCUGGGGCUCCACCUGCAUUUCGUACCCCAGAAUCUGUUAAUCAAACGACUUCUGCAGCAAAACUAGUCUCUAGUCUCUUUAUUGAUAGAAACUUUUCUCAUGAAGUUCAAAGUUCAUUAUUGACUUGGAAUCAUAUGAGACACCUAAUCAAUUAUUCACAACAAGGUUUACCUAAUGCAAUAGAGGCUAUUCGAGAAGCUCAAGUUGCCUGGGAGAGCCUUAUGAAGUCAGUUAAUAGGGAGGAACAAGGUGAUACUAAUGAAAAUUCACUUCAUAAAGUGAAGGAGAGACAAUGUCCGCAUUUUCUUAAUAAAAUGAAUACCACCGAAUUAGGAGAUGAUGGUUAUAAGCUACAAAUACCAUGUGGGCUUAUUCAGGGCUCUGCAAUUACUAUAAUUGGCAUUCCUAAUGGUCUUCUUGGUAGCUUCCGGAUUGAUUUAUCGGGGGAACCACUUCCAGGAGAGCCAGAGCCUCCUAUUAUUCUGCAUUACAAUGUUCGACUGUUAGGUGAUAAGGUAACUGAGAAUCCUGUGAUUGUCCAAAACACAUGGACGGCAGCUCAUGACUGGGGUGAAGAGGAGCGGUGCCCCCAACCUGUUCCAACAAAUAAUAAGAAAGUUGAUGAGUUGAUGCAAUGCAAUGAAAUUGUGGGCAAAAUUGAUAGCCAUAGGUUUGCUGCAAGUAGAUCAUCAAAUACUUCUAAAGGGUCAUCGAUGUCAGGGACCAAAUCUGGAUCUGGAUGGUAUUUUCCAUUUAAGCAAGGGUAUUUGUCAGUUAUGACACUUAGGGUGGGAGAAGAAGGAAUUCAGAUGACAGUUGAUGGAAAGCACAUAACAUCUUUUGCUUACCGUGAAAGUUUGGAGCCAUGGCUUAUUAAUGAAGUAAGGAUAUCUGGAGACUUGAAAUUAAUUUCUGUCUUGGCCAGUGGCUUGCCCUCAUCUGAAGAAUCAGAGCACAUUGUUGAUUUAGAGUCCCUGAAGUCAACUGAACUGCCAUCACAUAAGGCAUUGGAUCUCUUCAUUGGUGUCUUUUCUACAGCCAACAAUUUUGAGCGCAGGAUGGCUGUUCGUAGAACAUGGAUGCAGUACCCGGCAGUGAAGACAGGAGCAGUUGCAGUGCGCUUUUUUGUUGGUCUGCAUAAAAACCAGCUGGUGAAUGAGCAACUAUGGAAUGAACUACAGACAUAUGGAGACAUUCAGCUGAUGCCUUUUGUUGACUAUUAUGGUCUAAUAACCUGGAAGACCAUAGCAAUAUGUACUUUUGGGGCAGAGGUUGUUUCAGCGAAAUAUGUCAUGAAAACAGAUGAUGAUGCAUUUGUUCGAGUGGAUGAAGUGCUAACUUCUUUGAAACGAACAAAUGUCACGCAUGGGCUUCUAUAUGGUCUGAUCAACUAUAAUGCACAGCCUCAUCGGAAUCCUAACAGUAAAUGGUAUAUCAGCAUUGAGGAAUGGCCUGAGAGUUAUUAUCCACCUUGGGCACAUGGCCCUGGCUAUGUGGUAUCAAAAGACAUUGCAAAAGCUGUUUACAGGAGGCACAAAAAAGGUCAAUUAAAGAUGUUCAAACUAGAGGAUGUUGCUAUGGGAAUGUGGGUAGCAGAGAUGAAGAAAGGGAAUUUGCAGGUUAGUUAUAUAAAUGAAGAUCGUGUCUACAAUGAGGGGUGCAAGGAUGGGUACGUAGUUGCUCACUACCAAAGCCCUAGAGAGAUGCUUUGCCUAUGGCAGAAGUUGCAAGAAGGAAAUGAGCCUGGUUGCUGUUCAGGUAAAUGAGCAAAACAAAAUUCUAGCGCUUAAUAAACUUGCAAAGAGAAAGGUAGAUGUAAUGCACCCACAUAGAGAGCAGAGAAUUCCACCUUUAGACUGCAGUUUAAUUUUGUAACACAUAGGUAAUAGAGAUUAGUAUUUGAUUAUGCAUUUUGAGUGAUCUGUGCUGUAUAUAGUUCACUAGAGCAUAGAAAUAUACACGUAGGUUGUACAUAUAUAAUUGAUAUCUACCAGAUAGUGAAAAAGAAUAAUAAUUCUCAACAAAUCUGUUGUUUUAGACCA